GAUGAAUACAAUAUUGUAGGCUCGGAAAGCCGACAACACCCUCGGAUUCAUCUCCCCUUUUCCAAACACAAUUUCAGAAAUUCUGCAAGAUAUCUAAAGCAACGAAGACUUGUCCAGAAAGAAACAUCCAUCCUAUUCAUUAUGCCUAUAUCCUUCCUCUUCUUCCCAAGUGAUCACAAACAGCAGCUUGCUUCUUCACCUGGAGCAAGCAUCGACUUGUUCACUGCCACUGCAACAUUAGGCCUUCUCUUUUCAGCUGUGUGUACCUUUGCGCUUCUCUUUCGAUCAAGAAGCAGCAGCAGCGACAACGAGAAGAAGAAGAAGCAAUAUGCUCCUGCAGUUGGGACAAUUCUGCAUCAGAUUGUAAACUUCCCGAGGAUUUACGACUACCACACGGAGCUCUCGCGCAAGCACAAGACCUUCAGGCUCUUGAGUCCCUUCUGCCAGUACAUCUACACCACUGAUCCUAUUGUUGUGGAGUACUUCCUCAAGACCAACUUCCAGAAUUAUGGCAAGGGGUGGAUGCACUAUGAGCUCCUGAAAGAUAUGUUUGGCAAUGGAAUUUUCGUAGUUGACGGUGAUAAGUGGCGGCACCAGAGAAAGCUUGCCAGUUAUGGGUUCUCCACAAAGGCCCUUAGAGAUUUUAGCUCUGCAAUCUUCAGGAAAAACGCAUCUAAGCUUGCUCACGUUGUUUCAUCAUAUGCCGAAAGCAAUGAGAAGUUCGAUGUUCAGCACCUACUGAUGAAGACGACGAUGGACUCGAUAUUCAGAAUCGGGUUCGGAGUGGAGUUGAAUUGCUUGGACGACUCUGGUCAGUCUCAAGGGGGGAACGAGUUCGCAAAGUCGUUCGAUGCUGCCAACGAGCUGCUCAUUUUGCGAUACAUAAACCCGCUGUGGAAGGCCAUGAGGUGCCUGAACAUUGGAUCUGAAGCAAAACUCAGAGACAAAAUCAAGCUUGUCAAUGAGUUUGUGUACCGAUUGAUCAGUAUCAGGAUUGAACAGGCUUCAGAAACAGGAAAUGAACAAAACGAAGACAUCCUAUCGAGAUUUCUCGACGAGCGAAAAAAGGAUCCACAAAGCAUCAGCCUUGAGUACCUGAGGGACAUAAUAAUAAACUUUGUGCUCGCUGGGAAAGAUAGCACAGCAGGCACACUGGCAUGGUUCUUCUACUUGAUUUGCAAGAACCCUCGUGUUCAAGAGAAGAUUCGCAAAGAAGUCAUAGAAGUGACUGAAGCCGCAGAGACUGCGGCCGCUGUGGAUGAGUUCGCGGAGACUAUAAGCGAGGAUUCACUUAACAAAAUGCAGUAUCUUCAUGCCGCGCUCACCGAAACACUUAGGCUGUUUCCUCCAGGCCCCAUUGACAGUAAGGUUUGCUUCUCGGAUGACACUCUACCUGGAGGCUACACUGUAAGGAAAGAUGAUGUUGUGUUUUAUCAGUCAUAUCCAAUGGGGAGGAUGGAGUACUUGUGGGGUGCUGAUGCUGAAGCUUUUCGCCCGGAGAGGUGGCUGAACGACGACGGCAUCUUCCAGCCGGAAAGCCCAUACAAAUUCACAGCUUUUCAAGCUGGGCCAAGGCUCUGCUUGGGGAAGGAGUUUGCCUACAGACAAAUGAAGAUAUUUGCAACAGUGUUGCUGCGAUUCUUUGAGUUCAAGCUCGGCGAUGAGGGGGAGGUUGCACGCUGGAAAGCCUCGACGACUUUGCUGAUCGACGGAGGCCUCUUCCUCGAAGUGGUUCGCAGAUGAAACAUGUGAAUUUGCGAACGAACUUGUUGGCAUCUCUACUCUUGGAAUAAGUAGUUACUUUCUCAGAACAAAGAAUCACUCCUUGAACCUAUCUAUCCAUUCCAAACACAAUUCAGUGGCAAUUGUGUGGAACAUUAUAUAUAGCAAUGAACUCAUUUUCGUCAUCA